AUGGCAUCAUUUGAAGCUCUGCAUGGUAAGUGUUGUAGAUUCUCUGUAUGUUGGGGUGAGGUUGGUGAGAGCAGAGAGAUGUUAUGUCCCAAGCAAGUUCAGACCACCAAUGAGGCCAUACAGAAGAUUAGAGCCCGCAUGUUGACAACGAAGAGCAUACAGAAGAGUUACGCCAAUGAACAACGUAGGGAUCUUGAGUUCGAUGUAGGGGACAUGGUUUUUGUAAAGGUAGCACCUAUGAAGGGUGUUAUGAGGUUUGAGAAGAAGGGAAACCUGAGUCAACGUUUCGUAACUCAUCAUUUGGCAUUGCCUCUGUCAUUGUCUGCAGUUCAUGAUGUAUACGAUGUAUCCAUGCUGAGGAAGUGUGUAACAGAUCCAACACAUAUAGUUGAUUAUGAGUCAUUGCAAAUGCAUGAGAACUUGAGCUAUGAGGAGCACCAGUUGAGAUUUUGGCAAAAGAAGUUAAGUUGCUUCAUAACAGGGGAAUUAAUUAAUGUUCUUUAUCAAAACCACGAGGUUGAAAAAGCUACUUGGGAGAGAGAGGACAACAUGAGAGCUCAUUAUCCCGAGCUAUACAAGGAUUAG